AAAAAAAAAAAAAAACUCAUCUUCUUUAUUUGGGGGUGGCUGAGACUAGCAAUAAAAUCCGUGAAUUUUGAUGCUUUGUAUAAACUAAAUUUCUUUAGCAUUCCUUUCUACAAACAACUUGGAAAGGACAAACAAAGUGGUAAAAGAAUGGCGGAGGAACCAGAUUCCACUGAGUUGCAGAACAGCGAUUGCUCUUUUGUGUGGGAUCCUCAUACUCGUCUCUACUUCCAUGCCAGUAGUGGAUUUUACCAUGACACUGAUGCUGGUUGGUACUAUAGCAGUAGAGAUGGCCUUUAUUACACAUUUGAGAAUGGAGAUUAUGUGCUUUUGGACCUCCACAAGGACAACGUGAUUAGUGAUUGUGAAAUGCUUUCGCAGGAAGGAACCGUGGCUGAUAAUUCUGUUCUAAAUGAGCCUUGUGCCAAUGUGCCUUAUAACGGUCAGGAGUAUUGCUCUUCAUCUCAGGGUAAUGAAGUUGAUGCUCGUGAUACUGCAAUAAAUGUUACUGAUGAAUCUACUAUUGCAUAUCAGAUAGAGGACACCAGUACUCAAGUGCCUGAAAAUCCGCCACCACCAUCAGAAUGGUUAGAAGACACACUCAUCGACCUUUAUCUCUCUGGUUAUAACUUUGUUGUCAAUUCUGAUGCUAAUGCAACUAUUUCGUUGGAAACAGACAACAGCGAGAACAUUAAUUUUCCUUCCGAUGGUCUGUCACAACUUUGUUUGUUUAAUUUUUGUAAAAGUUUGCUUUCUUCGAAAGAUGAAUUAAAAAGUUUGUUAUGUUCAGAAGAUGAUCUAAUGGUGUUUUGUCGAGGGGCAGGAAUUGAUGAAAUGUAUGAGAUGGAAGAGGGUGAAUGGAUUCCAGAGGAAAACCAUGGUUUAGCUGAUUCAAGUGAAUUUGUCCCAUAUGAAGGUGAUACAUGGGAUGAAAAAAACUGGCGAGCACAAUAUGGUCAAGUCACGCAAUCCAGGGAAGAGCCCGUGCCAGAAUUCCCAGUCGUGGAUUUAUGGGAUUGGAUUAUGGUGAUGACACCAAGGAAGGAUGGAAAAGGCCAGGUGGCUAGACUGAUAGGUCGGCUGGUAAAGCGUUCUGCUAAGGUUCAUCCCUCCGUGCCUUCUGGUGGCGGUCUAUUUAAAACUGCUCCUAUAUGUGAGGCACAUCUUGAUCUGGUACGAGUUAGAACAGGACAAGUGUACAAAUUGCGAAGUCCAAGUCCAAGGUACUUAGCUUCCUUGUCAAAAUAUGAUUCUUCUCAUCCAACAAAAGACUGGGGCUUCCCUGAUUUAUCUGUCAUUAAGAAAGCUUCCCUCCAGUUUAAAUCAAGGCAAAAGCAUAAAUCAGAAGCAACUGGAGAGAAAGGCUUAAAAGAUUUAUCUAUAUCGUCAGAUCAGCCCUUUGCAUCUGUGAAGCAGAGAAGCCAUGUCUAUCGGGAUAGAGCUGCUGAGAGAAGAACUUUGCAUGGUGGCUUUGGUCUGGGUCCAGGGCAAAAAAAUGAGGCAAUUGGUCAUGAUAGUGAUCCUAUCUGUAUAGAAGAUGCCAAAACUGAAGCCUUGAACAUGUCAUUUGGGGCCGGUAGUUAUGCCAGACGAAUUCUAGAAGGCAUGGGCUGGAAGGAGGGGGAGGCACUUGGUAGCACCACAAAGGGCUUGACAGAACCAUUACAGCCGAUCGGGAACAUUGGUAAUGCUGGACUGGGAUGGCCUCAAAGAAGGCGCUGCUAGGAUUGCUAGCCACCAUCAACUUUCUGAAAUUUGAAUAUUCUUUUUCGGCUUGUGCCUUUGGUGGUAGAUAUGAUAAUUUAUCGUAAUUCUUGUGGGGACAAUAAAAGCACCAUCACCAAAAGCUACGAAAAUGGAAGAACAUCAUAGUGGUGUUUGUGGUUUAAAUUCCUCUAUGCUGUUUUCUUUUGGGUACAUAAAUUCCUCUAUCUUCUUUAAGGUAAGAAAAACAAGACUAUAAUUAAUCCUCUACUUUUUAAAAUUUAUAUCCGUCUUGCAAUAGUUUGCAGGCUAUCAGUGGCUAUCCGUCUUUUGUUACACUUUUGUAACUUUUUGGAUAUUAUAGAAUUUGGGAUAAAUUUCCGGCUUUUCUUUUGUUUGUAGAUUAUCAUAGGCCAAGUAAUGGUAAUUUUUCCGUCUUGAUUGGAUGGUGUCAUGUGUUUAUCUUCCAUUUAAAUACAACUUUUUUGUUUGCUUUUC